CCCAACGUUUGCAGCGGAAAAUAUCCGCAUAUCUCGUCGUUGAGGCCCCGGUUACCUCUUGUCGUCUCUUUAGUGCUGUGACUCUUGCUUUUUCCAUCCUCAGACUCACUCUUUCUUCGCUGUGAUCCCAUCCAUCCUCUCCAGACGGAGCCGCCUCUUACAGUAUGGCGAAGAUCAACUCAGACAAUCGGGUUCCACCUGUCCCUCCAGUUCCCCCAGUCCCUCCUAUGCAUCACCCACCUGUUCAAUCGAACGAGCAGCCUCGUAUAGUAUCGCUCAACCCACAAAGCCAAGCGAGUCCAGACUACUUGAUCAACUCCAUGAACCGGCUCCAUGUACAGACCGAGAGGGCUUCCAGCAAGAACACGCAGAAGCCAGGAGGCAUAGCUGCCAUGAAUGACGUUGAUGCUGCCGCUCCCCUCUUCUACUUGGGGUAUACCUUCUUCAAGGCCAACCCCACCCCCGGGAAGAAGAGCACCUGGAGUCAGGUUGAGAGAGCGAAGAUGCACCUCAGCCAAUCAGACUUGAUGAACAUGGUGGUCAACCGGACCAAGAAGCUACCCGUGGCCGAGCAAUACCAUUCUUUGUCCAAAGUGAAGCGGGCCCACGUCGACCAACUGAUUCACGAGCUCAGGUCCAGCGGUCCCCGCUUCGAAUGGACUUGCGUCUAUGUGAAGGAGGACGAGAAGCCUGUUAGGGGAAAAAAUUCUCGACGCGGUGAUUAUGAGACGGUCUCGUUAGAAGUCAUCAUCUUGAAGAAGGCGGCAAGUUUAGUAUACCCGCAGGUUCCAGUCGAUGAACCUGUGGAGAGAAUAGCCCCUACCAGAGGCACCUUUCAAAUGCCUACCAGUCAUAUCCUCUUCAAUAAGGAACCCAGGCUGAGCCAUACUGUUCCUCCAACUGAUCCGUCGGCUAGGCACGCAGGACCUGCUGUUCACCAGGGGCCUGCCGUCCAUCAGGGGCCCGUCCAUCAGGGGCCUGCCGUCCAUCAGGGGCCUGCCGUCCAUCAAGGGCCUGCCGUCCAUCAGCGACCUGCCGCCCAUCAAGGACCAGUGCCAGCAAACAUGGCAAAUAUCCAGCAGCCACAGCCUUCCAGGCUGAACCAGCAGCCCCUACCUCCUGCACCACAGCAUUCAUUCCCGACAGGAGUACAGCGGCCUACCCCUCAAGAGCAAUGGGCGGCCUGGAUACAGCAGGGAAUGCCGCUUGCUGCGCACCCACAGCAUCGUCCUUCUGCGGAAAUUCAUGAUCCUGCAGCUCCCAUUACAGAGCACGAGACGCAAAGGGUCAUCCCACAGAUGCCGGCCAUGUGGAAUGAUCCUCGAGGAGCUUCUGUCGCACCGGGUACGGUCCACCGAGGUCCCAAUGUUCAACUCCAACCUAGCCCUUUGAAGCCACCCGAGAUGCAUGAGCUGGGUAAGACCAGGGUCCAUGCCCCGGCGCAUCCUAAGCCUGAUCACUUGAACGCAGCAAUGCCCGUCGCAGAGCCAGAGACAGACUUAGGCAUUGAGUCGAGUAGCGUGGGCGAUGGGGAGUCCGAGUUCGACUUUGACGACGAAAGUUCACUGUCCGAGGGCUCUGAUGAGGAGUCAGAAGCUGAUGAAAACCCUCAACCUCAACCAUGGCGAGGCAGUCUCUACCGGCGCCAUUCGGCCCCCAGCACCAAGCAGGUUUAUCGAACGCACUAUCGCAAACAGCCUCCGAAAAGCAGUUCAAAUCAGGGGACAGGUCGCAGUGGUUACCCUGCUGGCUCCAUUGAUGUGGUUCCUGCCAAGAGUAUUCACAACGACCCUAAGGUCAUUCUGAGCCGAGAAGCUACACGGCCGGCCCGAGAACGGCCCAAGGUUAUCCAGGCGCCUGCUCCUCCCGAAGGGUUGGACAUGCAACAACUGGUCGAAGAGAGAAUUGGCCGCUAUGAUGGCGGACGGAUGCGAAACGAUAUUCGAACCCGGAUGUUGGACGAUCGGGAGGCGCGACUGGAGCAUCGCGAGAGACUAUUAGACCUCAAAGCGCGGGUCCUGGAGGAGGAGUGGGACAGUGCAGGUUACCUGCCCCGACGCAUGUCACUCCGUGACUCAGGGUCAUUUUAUCCCCGACGAUAUCGUCCGUUGGACGAUCUUCGCUGAGUCCCAUGCAGCAAUUCAGUUUAAUUGUGAGGGGUGGAUCGGGAGUUUGUUUUGUCCGGUUAAGUUCUCCGUUUAAUUUUCGGGCGUAUCCUCGGGUGAAGGGGGGGGAUGUGGGUAUGCUAUAACGUCAUUGCAGCGGGUGUGUGUUUAGUUUCCAACACGAAUUUAGUUUGAUGGAUACACCUGGACUCGAUUGAGGCACAUGAAUUGAGGAGAAGUGAAGUAGCAGACAGACUUUGCAGGUCACGCGGAUUGUUACCCAAUUGCAGUAGGGCGAAACGAGU